UGUGAAAGGUUCUUCUAACUGACAAAAUGAACGAAAUUAUUUUAAAAUAAAGCACCAAAGAAAGCAAAAUCGGAACUAAAAAUGUUAUUUUGGAGUUUGUUAUGUGCUUUUCUGUUAUUGCCCUUGGCAAAUUCAACGGCGCCCAUAAGUUUUGAGGCCAAUCCGGAUACCAAACGGCUCUAUGAUGAUCUAUUGAGCAACUAUAAUCGUCUCAUACGACCUGUUGUCAAUAAUACAGAAACCUUAACAGUAUGGUUGGGUCUGAAAUUGUCUCAGUUGAUAGAGGUGAAUUUGAAGAAUCAGGUGAUGACCACCAAUUUAUGGGUCAAACAGCGCUGGUUUGAUUAUAAGUUACGUUGGGAUCCAGAGGAAUAUGGUGGCGUGGAACAGCUCUAUGUACCCUCUGAGCAUAUUUGGGUACCCGACAUUGUGCUCUACAACAAUUGGGAUGGUAACUAUGAGGUGACUUUAAUGACCAAGGCCACCCUUAAGUAUACGGGCGAAGUAUUUUGGGAGCCUCCGGCAAUUUACAAGUCAUCUUGUGAAAUGAAUGUUGAAUAUUUUCCAUAUGAUGAGCAAAUUUGCUUUAUGAAAUUUGGUUCGUGGACCUACAAUGGCGCCCAAGUUGACUUAAAGCAUUUGGAUCAAGUGCCUGGCAGCAAUCUGGUACAGGUAGGCAUCGAUUUAACCGAAUUCUAUCUAUCUGUGGAAUGGGAUAUACUUGAAGUUCCGGCCACAAAGAAUGAAGAAUAUUAUCCCGAUACUUUGGAACCAUUUUCCGACAUUACGUUCAAAUUAACUAUGCGCCGUAAAACUUUGUUUUACACUGUCAAUCUGAUAGUACCCUGUGUGGCUUUAACAUUCCUCACGGUGUUGGUAUUCUAUCUGCCCAGCGAUUCGGGAGAAAAGGUUACGUUAUGUAUUUCAAUACUCGUGUCAUUGACCGUGUUCUUCUUGCUAUUGGCCGAAAUUAUUCCGCCAACCUCAUUGGCAGUGCCAUUGCUGGGUAAAUAUCUACUCUUUACCAUGAUCCUAGUGUCCCUGUCCGUCUGGACAACGGUCUGUGUGCUAAAUAUACACUUCAGAUCACCCUCAACGCACAAUAUGUCGCCAUUGGUGCGCAAACUAUUUCUGCAUUUUAUGCCCAAACUAAUGAUGAUGCGACGCACUCAAUAUACGCUACCCGACUAUGAUGACACAACGCCCAGUAAUGGGUGUACUAAUGAGAUAGAUGUGCGUGACAGCAUUAGCGACUUCCCCAGCGAGUUUAAGGAUAGCCAAGAUGGCGCUUAUGAUAAUGGCAUGCAGAACUCUGUAGAUUCCGACAAUGUGAUACCGCGCAACUUAACACCCGAAGUGCUGCAGGCAUUGCGUGCGGUCAGAUUUAUUGCGCAGCAUAUCAAGGAUGCCGACAAGGAUAACGAGAUUGUUGAGGAUUGGAAAUUUGUUUCCAUGGUAUUGGAUCGCUUCUUCCUGUGGCUUUUCACACUAUCCUGUGUGUUUGGCACAUUUGCCAUAAUAUGCCAAUCCCCAUCGCUAUAUGACACCAGAUCGCCAAUCGAUCGGCAAUUGAGCGAGAUUCCUUUGCGUAAAAAUAACUUUAUGCUACCACCAGAUAUUGUUAGGCAGGUGCUGACCUAAAGAGCAAACAUUCAGUUAACAGAAUAAAUAUUGCCACGAUUUUUAAUCAAAAACAAAACAAAACAUUCAUUGAGCAAUAUUAAUAACACAAAAUUUAUAAAGAUUCUAAGGCGAAAUCAUUGAUCAAUAAAAUUUGACUAUUAAA